GCUUUCUUGCAAGGAGGAGGGACAGAAAGAGGAAAAGCUCUUCCCAUUUUAAAGGUGAGGCAACGGGGGUGGUGUCUUAUGUCUGUAAUCUCAGCUACUAGGGAGGCUGAGGCAGAAGAAUGGCUUGAUCCCAGGAGUUCAAGUCCAGGCUGGACAACAUAGUGAGACCCUGCCUCUGAAAAUAAAGGCAGGGCAACAGGGCCGCCAAAAAGUGAACACCAUGUCCAAGUUCUGACCAGAAAACCCAAGCACCCUGUAUCCAGGGGUAGCUGGAGUGAGACAUAUUCCAGGGAGGAAGAUGGAGGCACCAGGACAGAUGUUCCCUGAAAGCAUGAAGGAAGGGAGACCGUGGAAGAGAGGCUCCAAUGCUUUCCUGUCUCUGGACUGAGGGUCAGAGCUUAGGCCACCUUCUCCCCUAGGGGCAUCUCCUGACCAAAGAAUCCAGAGUCAAGGCCUCUCCGUGCUCCAUUUAGAAAUGAGGCAGCCAGGCCCUCAUCUUUCAGAAGGGCCCAGACACCCCACCCCCGUCCCAUAAGCCCCCGGGGCUGAGUCAAGUCUUUCUCCGGGAGGGGGCCUCUGCCCAGCUGUCCCUGGUGCGUCAUGUGCAGGAGGCCAGGCGGCUCGCCUUACAGGGACCCGGCCACCUCUAUAUAUAGCCCCUCGAAGACAGCUGCUCAGUCUAAGCAAGCCCCAGCAGGAAAGCAGGGGUACAGAGAGGAGCCCCCUUGGCACCGCCACCGCACCCUAGGCCACCCACCAUGGCGCUGGGUUUGGAACAGGCGGAGGAGCAGCGGUUGUACCAGCAGACGCUCCUGCAAGACGGGCUCAAAGACAUGCUGGACCACGGCAAGUUCCUCGACUGUGUGGUGCGGGCGGGCGAGCGCGAGUUCCCGUGCCAUCGCCUGGUGCUGGCCGCCUGCAGCCCCUACUUCCGGGCGCGCUUUCUAGCCGAGCCGGAGCGCGCGGGCGAGCUGCACCUGGAGGAGGUGUCCCCGGACGUGGUGGCCCAGGUGCUGCACUACCUGUACACAUCAGAGAUCGCGCUGGAUGAGGCGAGCGUGCAGGAUUUGUUCGCCGCGGCGCACCGCUUCCAGAUCCCUUCCAUCUUCACCAUCUGCGUGUCCUUCCUGCAGAAGCGCCUGUGCCUCUCCAACUGCCUGGCCGUCUUCCGUCUCGGCCUCCUGCUCGACUGCGCGCGUCUCGCCGUGGCUGCCCGCGACUUCAUCUGCGCUCACUUCACGCUGGUGGCGCGCGACGCUGACUUCCUCGGACUCUCGGCCGACGAGCUCAUCGCCAUCAUCUCCAGCGACGGCCUUAACGUGGAGAAGGAGGAGGCAGUGUUCGAGGCGGUGAUGCGGUGGGCGGGUAGCGGCGACGCCGAGGCGCAGGCUGAGCGCCAGCGCGCGCUGCCCACCGUCUUCGAGAGCGUGCGCUGCCGCUUGCUGCCGCGCGCCUUUCUGGAAAGCCGCGUGGAGCGCCACCCUCUCGUGCGUGCCCAGCCCGAGUUGCUGCGCAAGGUGCAGAUGGUGAAGGAUGCACACGAGGGCCGCAUCACCACGCUGCGGAAGAAAAAGAAGGGGAAGGAUGGAGCCGGGGCCAAGGAGGCUGAUAAGGGCACAAGCAAAGCCAAAGCAGAGGAGGAUGAGGAGGCCGAACGUAUCCUUCCUGGGAUCCUCAAUGACACCCUGCGCUUCGGCAUGUUCCUGCAGGAUCUCAUCUUCAUGAUCAGUGAGGAGGGCGCUGUGGCCUACGAUCCAGCAGCCAACGAGUGCUACUGUGCUUCCCUCUCCAACCAGGUCCCCAAGAACCACGUCAGCCUGGUUACCAAGGAGAACCAGGUCUUCGUGGCUGGAGGCCUCUUCUACAAUGAAGACAACAAAGAGGACCCCAUGAGCGCAUACUUCCUGCAGUUUGACCAUCUGGACUCAGAGUGGCUGGGGAUGCCACCGCUGCCCUCGCCCCGCUGCCUCUUUGGCCUGGGAGAAGCUCUCAACUCCAUCUACGUGGUCGGUGGCAGAGAGAUCAAGGACGGCGAGCGCUGCCUAGACUCGGUCAUGUGCUACGACAGGCUGUCAUUCAAAUGGGGUGAAUCGGACCCGCUGCCUUACGCGGUGUAUGGCCACACAGUGCUCUCCCACAUGGACCUUGUCUACGUAAUUGGCGGCAAAGGCAGUGACAGGAAGUGCCUGAACAAGAUGUGCGUCUAUGACCCCAAGAAGUUCGAGUGGAAGGAGCUGGCACCCAUGCAGACCGCCCGCUCACUCUUUGGGGCCACUGUCCAUGAUGGCCGCAUUAUUGUGGCAGCUGGGGUCACCGACACAGGGCUGACCAGUUCUGCUGAAGUGUACAGCAUCACAGACAACAACUGGGCACCCUUCGAGGCCUUCCCGCAGGAGCGUAGCUCACUCAGCCUGGUCAGCCUGGUGGGUACCCUCUAUGCCAUUGGUGGCUUUGCCACACUGGAGACGGAGUCUGGAGAGCUGGUUCCCACAGAGCUCAAUGACAUCUGGAGGUAUAACGAGGAGGAGAAGAAAUGGGAGGGUGUCCUGCGGGAGAUCGCCUAUGCGGCAGGUGCCACCUUCCUACCAGUGCGGCUCAAUGUGCUGCGCCUGACUAAGAUGUGACCAGCUCAGGCAGACUGAACUAAGCACCCCUCCCAUCCUGCGACCCUCACUGGCCUGGCCUUGUAGGGGCUCCAGAAAAGAGGCUAGGAGAGGCCAGAGUCUACCUGGAUCCAGUUAUGGUGCCUCAGGGGCUGCGUCAGCCAAGGAAAGGGAAGUGCUGCUUAGUCCUGGACUUUUGGGCAAGGAUGAGAAACUAGAGGCUUCUCCAGUGUUGCCAUAUCCCCCUAGGUUGUCUUGAUCCAUGAACCAGAACCACAGGGCGGUAUCCCAGGCCGUGUGCUGGCCCUGCCCCAGCCUGGCUGAGUGUGCUGGCAAAGUUCCCCACAGGACUCAGCCUUCUCGUCUGUCUGAUGGGAGCAUCCCCAUCAAGUGCAGUGUACAGUGCAGAUAUGUCUCCUUCUUUAGGAAGAAUAAAGCGCCUUCUGAGCAAGCAGCUCAGGGUCUGCAUCAGUGCUCCAAGAGUCAGUGAGCAGGUGUGUUGAAGACUUGGGGCUUCAGUGUUCCGCUGUUGGGCUGCCAAGGUCGAUGGUCUCUGCUCUCCAUCUGGUGUC